UGAUGAGAAGGUUUGAAAAAGAAAAUUGCCAUGCAAGUUCCCUGCAGUUAGCUAAAGAAGUAGAAAGCCAAACUGGGGUGAUUGUUUCCCGUGACACAAUAUGGCGUACACUGCAGGAAAAUGGCAUACAUGGGUGUCAUCCACAAAGACAGCCUCUCCUAAAGCCCAUGCACAAAAAACCUGCCUAGAAAAUGCCAGGGCCCAUGCUGAAAAAGAAGAAGACUACUGGGACUCUGUACUCUGGAGUGAUGAGAACAAGAUAAACAUUUUUGGAACUGAUGGUUUCAAAACUGUAUGGCAUCGCAAAGGUGAGGAGAACAAAGAAAAAUGCAUGGCUACAGUGAAACAUGGUGGUGGCAGUUUCUUCUGAGGGGCUGCAUGAUGCUCUAUAUUGAAAGAGAAGAUGCUGCCAUCACUCUGCCCUUGGUCGUCGUGCACUUUUCCAACAUGACAAUGAUCCAAAAACACACAUCCGAGGCCACUGUUGCAUUUCUGAAGAACAGGGUGAAAGUGAUUCAGUGGCCAAGUAUGUCUCCUGAUCUGAACCCAAUCAAACAUUUAUGGGAAUUCUGA